AUGGGACAGACCUCAACAUCAAGAACCGCUGAACACAAUGCCGACAAGGAUUUGCGAGCUACAAUUUUGUCCACUUUCGCUGAAAACGGUAUUCCGACUGACAUGGCUGCUUUGAAAUACGAAUACAAAGCUCCAAAAAUUCUGCUUGCCAACGGAUCGCGAUGCGAGAGACCCGGUACAUACGUUGUCUACCAUGGAGCUGUUGCUUACAAAUGUGUAGAAGACGAAGUUGUGGCAAGACGCGGAAAACGACGCGUUAACUUUGAACUGCUUGCCGCAGGUGAUCCGACUGGCAUUACGGACCUAUCGACAAGUACAACAGAAUCGACUGACACUGCGACAAUUAGUACAGCUAAUGCAGAUGGAUCUUCAUCAACGUGGACAACUGCCACAAAUGCAGGAAUCACGACUACAAAUGAAGAAGGAUCUACUCCUGACAAUGUCGAUACGACAACUGUACCUGGUAAGGUCACAGAUGGACCUGCUCCACCAACAGACGCACCUAUGAUCCCUGGUGUGCGAUCAGAACAAUAUGAAAUCAGUGGAGAAGUGACUGUUGAGACGCAAAUGGCAAUAUAUGAAAGUCAAUGGGCAACGCUAGCUGAGAAGAUUCAAGAAAAAUUGGAAGGACGUCACGUGUUAUUUAUCGAAGACAUUAUCGUGACACUACUAUAA